AUGGAUGGGGUGCCCAGCCUCGGGGCACUCCCUUUCUUCCAAACACAGGGCCUCUUGUCCUCGCCUCAGAGGACACACACCGAGUGUGCUGCCCUGCCUGGGGGAGAGGGCAGCCUCCUCUCUGUCCCCUUUCCCAGGAAGUGGUGGACCAUCGUCAACAGUCACUGCUUUGUGUCCAUCUGGUGGGAGGAAGUUGGCACUUGCAUAGGCACCAAUGAGGAGCUCUUUGAGAACAUUUUGGAGAGGGUGGGCUCAGACAAGGUAUUUGAGACAGACUGCCUAAAGAGCUUUCUCCGUCAGCUUAGCUUGUAUGGAUUCUGGAAAGCGUGCCAGGAUGUGCUCACCUCCCUCUACCUUACCACCUUGCACAUGGAGGAGCCACCUGUCUGUGUCCUGAGCAAGAGAGACAGCACACACCUCCUUGGGAAGAUGAAGAGUAGAGGGGGCGUUAAGUCAGCAUCUCAGCAGGUAGAGGGCAGGCUGGUUGCCCUGGGCGUCCGUCCUGUGCUCAGCACCAUGAAGCCACAGGACAGCCUGUAA